GCGGGCAGCCCUGCAUCGACCAAGAUGGCGGACAGACCAGUUCCCAUAGUUGAGAAGCGGCUGAUGGAUGUGAAGCUGGGGGAGCUGAGUACCUGGCUUGGCGGUCGCGACUUCACUCCCAAUGGCCUACUGUCAUCUCUCCGCAAUGGCCAAGACAGAUACUACAACAAGUACAUCAACGUGAAGAAGGGAGGCAUCGGUGGUAUAGCCAUGUUUCUGAUCGGCUAUAUUGGUAUCAGCUACCUGUGGGAAUAUGACCACAUCAAACACGAUCGCUGGAGGAAGUACCACUGAGCCCCUCCACCGUUCUUCAUCAAACCUCUUCAAGGUGGAGCUAUGAAUUUUCUGUCCCCAAUUUAUUUGCAGCAGCGAGGAAUAAUCCUUUCUCUCUGUUCUUGGCUAUCUGAUGUGUACACUAUGUAACUGUUGUGACCAAUAAAAGUACUAAGAUUUAUUAUUG